UUUCCAUCUCUCUUUUUCUUCUCCCAAGAGAGCGAGAAGAAAACCCUACGCACCCCAAUCUCCCCUCAAGAAAACGCACGAAGCUUUGGAAGCCGGCGGAACCAGAUCGACCAUGGUGUGCAUUCGCAAGGCCACGGUGGACGAUCUGCUGGCCAUGCAAGCUUGCAACCUGAUGUGCUUGCCCGAGAACUACCAGAUGAAGUACUACUUGUACCACAUACUCUCCUGGCCUCAGCUUCUCUACGUAGCGGAGGACUACAAUGGCCGGAUCGUCGGGUACGUUCUGGCGAAGAUGGAGGAAGAGACCAACGAGUGCCAUGGCCACAUCACCUCUCUCGCCGUUCUCCGAACUCAUCGCAAGCUGGGACUCGCUACAAAGCUCAUGAAUGCUGCUCAGAACGCCAUGGAACAGGUUUAUGGGGCUGAGUAUGUUUCUCUGCAUGUGCGUAAAAGCAAUCGCGCUGCAUUCAAUUUGUACACUGAGACGCUGGGGUACAAGAUACAUGACGUGGAGGCGAAGUACUAUGCAGAUGGAGAGGAUGCAUAUGACAUGAGGAAGCAGCUCAAGGGAAAGCAGUACCAUCAUCACCAUCGUCAUGGGCAUGGGCAUGCUCAUGGUCAUGGUCAUCAUCAUCACCAUCAUCACCAUCACCAUCAUCAUGGGGAUGGGUGUUGUUCAGGCGAUGUUAAAACCGGGGGAAUUGAAGCUGGACAAAAACCGGAUUCAAAGGCCAACAAAGCAGGCUGAUGAAGAGAAUUGAAGUGGGAGGUCAGAGACACUGUUGGCUAUUUUUAUGUCAUUUUUCUGUCAGUUCAGGUACUUUCUCUGUGAAAAGGAACAAGGAAAAUGCAGCUCUUGAAAGUCCAAUGGAAAACUCUUCACAAGUUUGUCUGUGAAUCACUCUGAAGCGUGUGACAUAAAUUACGUACAUUAUUUAGCAA